GAGAUUCCUAUGCAUCUGUCAUGUGAUUCUGAAGAAAUUAAAACUUGGAUUUAUAGUAUCAACAAACCUAAACGUAAAUAUCAGUAUGAUAUCGUUGCCAAGGCUCUCUUCAACAACUGUCUGGUAAGUCUUCCAACCGGCUUGGGGAAGACGUUUAUUGCUGCGGUCGUCAUGCUUAACUUUUAUCGAUGGUAUCCUCAAGGCAAGAUCUUAUUUCUUGCACCUACCAAACCACUUGUACAACAGCAGAUCGAGGCUUGUCAUUCUAUCGCAGGUAUACCAUCACGAGACUGUCUCACCCUCACUGGUUCAGUUGCCCCAGCAAAACGAGCCAAAGUUUGGGAUCACAAACGCGUUAUCUUUUCAACUCCUCAGACUGUAAUGAACGAUCUUACUAAAGGACUCUUGAAACCUCAAGAUGUAAUCUGUGUAGUAGUAGACGAAGCUCAUCGGGCAACUGGAGCAUACGCAUAUUGUGUGGUGAUCAAAUCUCUCAUGAGAUUCAACCCUCACUUUCGAGUUCUCGCUCUGACUGCUACCCCUGGAAGUGAUCCUGAGCGAGUUCAAGAAGUCAUUGAUAAUCUUCAUAUCGGUCACAUUGAAGUACGUACGGAAGAAUCAAUGGAUAUUAAGCCUUACACCAAGCAUAAGGAAAUCGUCCUCGAAGUCAUUGCAGUCACACCUGAGCUUGCAUCAAUUCGAGACAAAUGGGCGACCCUCAUGCAACCGUUCAUCAAACAAUGUGAUGCCCUUUUCCGUGGUUCUAAAGAUCCUACUCUUAUACAUCCUUACAGUGUCACCUCCGCCGUUAAUCAACUCCCAAAGGAGAGAGGAUAUCUGAGACCCAACUUAUCACUCCUUGGAAAGAUGGCAUACGUGAUGGCGAAACUUUUGGAGUAUUCUAUUCCGAUAGCACACGAGAAGAUGGCCGAACUUAAACAUGAGCCAUCUAAGGCUGCCAAGGGAUUAUGUAGUUUGGUUGGCUAUAAGUCACUGUUAUAUGAUAUUGAGGAAAUGAUGAGAUUCCCAACUUUCUCACCUCAUCCAAAGAUGGACAAGAUGAAAGCUUUGAUCAUCGAAUUCUUUAUUGGAGUCUCUGAACGACAAAAAGGACAGAAUAAAGAUAAACAAGGCACUAGUCGAUUGAUGGUGUUUUGUAAUUUUAGGGAUGUGGUGACUGAUAUUGUAGAUUAUUUGAAUAUGGAACAACCUUUGAUAAAAGCUUCGGCUUUUAUUGGUCAAGGUACUGAUACUAAAGGAAAUCGGGGUAUGACACAGAAGCAACAGGCUGAGGUGAUCAGAAAAUUCAAAGCGGAUGAAUUUAAUGUGCUUGUAGCCACUUCGAUUGGUGAAGAAGGCUUAGAUAUCGGUGCCUUGGAUUGUAUUAUAUGUUAUGAGGCUCAAAAGAGUCCGUUGAGGAUGCUGCAACGAUUAGGGCGUACAGGUAGAAAUGAGGAUGGUAAAGUGAUUGUUCUUAUGUCACAAGGCCGAGAGGAGCUCAACUGGGAAAAAGCUAAAGAUCAAUAUCAACACGUUCAAAACGCAUUAUUAUCAAAGACAGUCUUAGAGCUCUUUGAUGACUGUGAAAGACUUAUACCUGAAGGCGUACGACCGGUGCCAGUUGACAAGGAGCUUGACGUUCAACCUUACAUUGCUGAAGAA